GCGAGCGGGUGCGCUCCGUGCGCGAGCGCGUCCGCAUGGCCUGCCAGGGCUACCAUAGGGAUGAGGAGGACGAGGAGGAGGAGCCGGCGCCCAGCAGGCUGCGCGGCCGGCCGCAGGCGCGCGCCGACGUCGUCGUGACGCGCAUGGCCGUGGAACGCCAGCGAGAGCUGCAGGGCCUCUCCGAGCACCGCGCCGUCUCCGCCUUCGCUCACCGCGGCCGCAUUCAGUCUUUUCUACGAGGUCGAUCCUUGCGUAGCGGAAGGUCUAUGAAUGAUGAGAGGCCGAUCUCAGGACAGCUUAGGCAGAGUCAUCCUGUCUCUACAGUGAGGGAAGAAGUUCGCUCUGGAGCAGAAAGAAGCAUCACUAGUAGCCAUCAGUCAGCUUUGGUGGUGGCAUUGUCUACUCCAACCAAUCCUACCGAUAAUGAGUAUGACGACGCCAGUGCAACACCUCAGCAGUUCGCAAUCAGUGAGGAUGAGAACGCAACCGUUGGGUAUGAAAUCCUGACACAAGAAUCCGUGCAACAAGAUGAAGGUUCACGUACCGAAGACAACGUGGCUGAUAGAUCUCACGACUUUGCUCAAGAACAGACAGGUCGAUAUUCAGGGUCCUCCUCGGAACAGGACAGUCACCAUUAUUCUAGUAGCUACGCCUUCCCUAGCAACAACGCGUUGCAGCGGGAAGCUGAAACUCGCAGAGGAGGACAAGAACAGAUUGGUUUGGCAUGGUCAAGCAGGGAUGCAUCCGGCAUCGAGGAUGGAGAUGGAGAUGGCAACACCUUUGUACAUGGAGAUGACGACGAAGAAUGGCUCGUUAUUGAUUCUCAGGAGCCUAGACCAAACUGGCAGCCAGCUGGACACGGUUUCGCUUCGAGCAGAAACACGAACAGGCUUCGUCCAGCAGACGGUGAUGUCUAUGGAGUUGAACUCAGAGAGCUCUUGAGCAGGCGAAGCGUGUCAAAUCUUCUCAGCAGUGGCUUCCGGGAAAGUCUUGACCAGCUCAUUCGGUCUUAUGUCCAGAGGCAAGAACAUGAGUGGAAUUUGGAGGGGCAGAUACCAGCAACCACUGGACCUGGUUCAUCACGCAACGAAGAUCAUAUUGAAAUCAGAAUAAUAGACGAACAGAAUCGAGGUGACAGUGACACUGCACCUCAGUCGUCGUCUUCAGCUUUGUCGCCAGCAGACCGAACACAGCAACGUCAGUGGGCUCAGCAAACCAUGCACCACCGUUCUGAAUUUGUAGACUGGGACGCUAUCCACAUUCUCCGAGAUGAGCUGAGUGGCGUGCAGAGAGGGAUGAGCAGCGUGCAGCAGAUGCUGGAAGCAUGCAUGGAGAUGCAGAUAGAGAUGCAGCGGUCCAUCAGGCAAGAAGUGUCUGCCGCUCUGAACCGCUCUCUAACGAUGCGAGAUGAUGAAGAAGAAACAUUAGAGGGUGGAUCACAGUGGAAGCUAGCAAGGAAAGGGACCUGCUGCAUCUGCUGCGACAGCCAGAUCGACUCCCUUCUCUACAGAUGUGGGCAUAUGUGCACCUGCUCAAAAUGCGCAAGCGAGUUGCUUCAUGGGGCUGGAAGAUGCCCGCUUUGUCGCGCGCCCAUCAUCGAGGCCAUCCGGGCAUACUGCAUACUGUGAGUGACAGGGGGGAGGCGUACGACGACUGAAUGGAAAAAAAAAAGGUUUAGUUUUUCUCAAUCAAUCAUCGGUUCUGAGCUUGACUGCAGCAGCAACAGUGUUGUAUUGUAAUAAUGCAAUGGAAUAACGAAUAGUGAUCGUCCAUCCAUGUGAUCAUUUGGCACUAUAUAUCUA